AUCGCUCCCGGUUUGGGAAUCUCCCCGGGUUUGGGAUUCGCUCCCGGUUUGGGAUCUGCUCCCGGUUUUCUUCCCUCGGCCCUCGGGGCGGGGAAACAUCUCGCUCCAGCUCGAAUACUUCCCUGUUCAUUUGCAUUCCGUACCUUGAAGGUAUUUUUAGUCUCUUCCCUGCCUUCUCCUUCCUCGCCGGGGUAAAUUUAGCUCCUUCUUCGCUCCCUCCUGUGCCUUUAUCCUCCGUGGAGCUGCGAAUUCCCGGCUUUUUAGCGCCUCUUUCCUCCUAUUUUUCCCCAUUCUUCCCUUCCCGGGUCGGGCUCCGACCCGCCCUGCUCCGGGAGCCUCCUUCAUUUAUCCGGAAUUGUUUUAAUUCCCACCUUUUUGGGGUGGGGAAAGGUGAUUUUGGGACCCUCCUUUCUUCGGGAUCGUUUUAAUUCCCACCUUUUUGGGCGGAAAAGAUGAUUUUGGGAUCCUCCUUUAUUUCUCCGGGAUUGUUCUAAUUCCCACUUUUCAGGUGGGGAAAAGGGGAUUUUGGGGGGAUUAAUUUUGGGGAAUCCACCUGGUUUUAACCUGGUUGCGCCUCCCAGGAGGCUCCAAAGGUUUUCCCAGGAGGAAAAUCCGAUCCUCCGCAGCUCAUCCCGGCAAAAGGACGCAGCAGAACAUCCCCAGAUCCUCAUUUUGGGGUCAACCCCGCUGGUUUUGGGCUGCUUUUCCCCGUGGCUUUCCCAGCACCACAUCCUGGAAUUGAAGUUUUUGGGACAAACGCCGGAUUUGAGGGGAUUUUUGGGAAUUGCAGGGGAUGGAGGGGUCGUCGUUCCCUCAGCGAGUGUGGAAAGGGGGGAGAAGUGAGACUCGGGGACCUUUUGGUGGCACCGGCGGGGUCGCGGUGGCACGGGAGCGUUCUCGGCACGGCACCGGCUCCGCCUCACCCCAACCCGGCCUCUUUUCUCAUUUUCUCCUCGUUUUUUCUCUCCUUUCCCGCAGGUUUUUCCGGCAGUCCCUGGCCACCGGCAGCACCCCCCCGUCCCCGGAGUGCCGGCGCCGCGUCCUGUUCCGAGCGACCCCGCAGCACCGGCGCGGGAUGGAGAAGAGCGUCCCGGAUUUCUCAGAGCGCCACGGAGACGGAGGCAGAGCCCUCUUGAUGCCCCCAGAACCCAACCCAGAGACUUUUCCUGCCCUGGAGCGUCCCCAGGGCGAGGAGCGAAGAGCUGCGUUCCUCCAGGAUGCCAAAAAAGCCCCGGAGAACCCGGCGUUGUCCGGCACGGAGACGGAGCUGGAGGAGGACGCGUUCUACGGCGUGGAGGAGCUGGCGGCCAUGAGCCGGGAGGGGAAGGGACCCGAGCUGAGGGAGGAGCCCGACUUCUUCUCCUCGCUGGCCCGGCAGGAGCCCGACGUGGCCCUGGAAGCGCACGACGAGGCCGAUGAGCCCGAUGCCGCCCUCUCCGGAGCCGUCCCGGCCGCGGCUCACCGGACCCAGCUCGGCCCCACGGCCGAGGAGCAGCCGGAAUUCCCGAAGGCGCUCUACCGGCCGGAGCUGCGCAGCGUGGCCGUGGCCGGCGCCGCGUCCUGGGACGCCGGGGCGGGAGAAGGGAUCGAGGAAAGCACUUUAGAGAGACUCCCUGGCUCCAAGGAUUCCACGGAAUUCCUGGAGCCCCAGGUGGUCACCGCGGUCCGGGUGGAGCCCGAGCCGCUGGACAGCGACCAGGAGGAUCCGCACACCGGCAAGGCGGCGCCGGAAUCUCCCGAUGCUCGCGCGGCCGCUCCGGAGGAGAAGUAUCCCCCAAACGAACCAAAGCACCUGGGAGGGCUCGGCACGGAGCACCCGGAGCAAAGCCGGAGGGGCAUCCAGAGGCUGGAGUGGAUCUCCAGAGCCCCCCGGAGCCCCAGCCCGCCCUUCAGGGACCUCCACCAAGCGCCAGAUGUAGCAGCCGGCUCGGCCUUCCGAGCUCCGGCCGGCCGGGACGCGGCUCCGGCCUUCCGGAAAUCGCUGCUGGCCAAAGGCAAACCCUCGGAGAGCUCCCGCCGGAAAGCGCCGGAGCCGGACUUGGCCGAGCUGGGCCCCGUCCCGCCGUCCGAGUGGGCGCUGCCGAAGGCGGGCGUGCAGCUGGACGUGGGCAAGCAGUCGUGGACGGUCAACGCCGAGGACUCAGUGGAGCGGCUGCUGCCGGAGCCGGCGCCGUGCGGCGCCUUCGAGGUGGAGGUGAGGCCCUACGUGUGCGGCGUCCUCCUGGAGGAGCCGGAGAAGGCCGAGGAGCUGGAGCGGGAGGAGAACCCGGCCGUCUUCACCUGCAUCGAGUGCAGCAUCUACUUCCGCAAGAAGGAGCACCUCCUGGAGCACACGCUGCAGCACAGCCGCGGCGCCGAGCGCGGCGCCGACGCGCCGGCCGGGCAGGGCCGCCUGUGCUGCGGCGAGUGCGGCUGGGCCUUCGGAGAGCCCGCGGCCCUGGAGCGGCACAAGAGGCUCCACCAGGAAUCGCGGGAGAAGAUCAUCGAGGAGAUCCAGAAGCUGAACGAGUUCCCGGACGAGGGGCGCGAGGCGCGGCUGCAGUGCCCCAAGUGCGUUUUCGGCACCAACUCCUCCAAGAUCUUCGUGCAGCACGCCAAGAUGCACGUCAAGGAGAGGAAGGACCACGCAUCCAAGAGUUCCAAUCUCUUCGGAGAAACGCGGGAGAGCCCCGGGCACGGCCUCUACAAGCCCUUCCACGGCGCCGAGCUCCCGGCGGCGCCGGCGGCCGGCAAAGCGCUCAGCGCCUGCGUCCUCUGCGGCUUCCCGGCGCCCAACGAGCACAUCCUCAAGGAGCACAUGAGAUACGCCCAUUCCCACUUCUCCUGGGAGCCGCAGCUCUACGAGGACGACCCCAACCAGCCCGGCACCAGCAGGGAUUCCUACAGCCCCCUAUCCCGGCCCGGCCGCUUCUCCGACGCGGAGUUCUUCGGCAAAACCGAGCGCUUUUUCCCGCCUCCGACCCGGGAGAGCUCGGCCCGCUACGAUCCCGCCGCGGCCGCCUUCGGCCCGGCUCCCGCCAGGCUGCCGGACAGGAGCAACGGGGCCGGCAGGAAGGACUCGCAGGGAUUCCACGCCAGGAAGGCGGCGCCGUACUCGGCCCCGCACAAGGCUUUGGGCUUUGCCGCUUUUCCCCCGGCCAAAGCCCAUUCCCACCUGGCCCUGCAGCAGCUGAGGAAGAGAGCGGCCGCCCAGCAGCUGGAAGCCGACGGCGACCACCUCCGGGGCCACCCCCUGGCGCCGGAGGAGCCGCGGCACAAGUGGCCGGCGGCCGGCGGCGCCGAGGACGAGACGGAGCCGGCGCGCGGCGGGGCCGCCGCGGCCGGCGCCGUCCCUCAGGCCGCCCUGGACCUCAAGAGGACCUUCGGGGCCAUCCUGAAGGCCACGGAGCCGGCGGUGGCCUCGGCCGAGCAGCAGCAGCAGCUGAGGAUGAUGGUGCCCGUCGUGGUCCUGGAGGAGAUGAACCCGCACCCCAAGGCCGCCAAGAGGCCGCGGGGGAAGCCCCUCAAGAAGAAGCCGGUGCCGCCGCUGCCGGUGCCGGCGCCUCCGCGGGAUUUCCUGAUGGAGGAGCCGCUUCCCUUGGACGUCCUGCUGCUGGACGCGCCCCUGGAGGGGCCCCUGGAGCUCGAUGACCUCUUGGACUCGGAGGCCACCAUGCUGAAGAACGAGGAGAGGAAAUGUCCCUACUGCCCCGACCGCUUCCACAACGGCAUCGGCCUGGCCAACCACGUGCGGGGCCACCUCAACAGGGUCGGGGUCAGCUACAACGUGCGGCACUUCAUCUCGGCCGAGGAGGUCAAGGCCAUCGAGCAGAAGUUCUCCUUCCAGAAGAAGAAGAAAAAAGGUAUGGCCAACUUCGACCCCAGCACCUUCAGCCUGAUGCGCUGCGAGUUCUGCGGCGCCGGCUUCGACACCCGCGCGGGGCUCUCGAGCCACGCCCGCGCCCACCUGCGGGAUUUCGGCAUCACCAACUGGGAGCUCACCAUCUCCCCCAUCAACAUCCUCAAGGAGCUCCUGGCCAACUCCUCGGAGCAGCCGGCGCUGCUGCGGGCGGCGCUGGCCGCGGGGCCGCCGUCGCCGGGCGGCGAGCGCGGGGCCGGGAUGGGCUCGCCCGCGGCGUCGCCGCCGGGCCCCUUCCCCACGGCCUGGGGCGACGAAGCUCUGCAGCCCUACCGGGACGUUCUGGCUCCGGACGAGGACGAUUUGGUGGCCAUGGAAGUGACGUCCCCUCCUCCCAUCCCGAAAAAAAGCGCCGGGAAUGCGCCCCUGGAGCCGCCCCCCCCCCCGCCUCGGGACCAAGCUCUCCCCGGAGCCCCCCGGCAGCAAAGCCGAGCCCCAGGAUUCCAAAGCCCCCAGCCUGACCACGUGCGAGGUGUGCGGCGCCUGCUUCCAUCCCCAAACCGGGGCUUGGGGGAGUCCAGAAUCCCUCGGGAUCAGCUCCCAACUUCUCCCCCUUCUUCUUCUCCCUCUGACAUCGGAUUUAUCCCAUUUUUUCUCUAUUUUUUCCCAAUUUUCCCAUUUCUCUCCCCAUUUUUCCAGCCCCCAGCCUGACCACGUGCGAGGUGUGCGGCGCCUGCUUCCAUCCCCAAACCGGGGCUUGGGGGAGUCCAGAAUCCCUCGGGAUCAGCUCCCAACUUCUCC